GUUUCAUCAUGGAGCUAGAAGCCCAGAAGAAGUCUCACAGGAAAGAGCUGGAAGCCAGAGAGCAGACGUUCACUGACGACAUGGCAGCCAAGGAGAAGAGUUUCAACCAGGAGCUUAAAGUCAAGGAGAAAGAGCUGGAAGCUGAGCAGGAGGGUUUUAAGGAGCUGGCAGUCCAGAAAAGGGCUUGUGAAAAAGAGUUAGAGGCUCAGGAGGAAACCUUUAGAGCCAAGGAGGACAUAAUGAUCAAAGAGAUGGCAGCCAAAGAGAAAUGUUUUAAGCAGGAGCUAGAAGACCACCAGACAUCUUACAAGAGAGAGCUGGAAGCCAAGGAACAGCAGUUCAAGAAGGAACCUGCAGCCCAGAGACAACUUUAUGAAGAUGAGCUGCAGGUUAAAGAUGAAAGUUUUAGGUCCAAAGAGGACAGACUGGUCCAAGAGAUGGCAGCUCAGGAACAGAGUUUCAUUAAGGAGCUGGAUGCUCAGAAGGAAUAUCACAGGAAAGAUCUAGAAGCCCAAGAAUAGAAUUUCAAACAGGAGCU